AUGGCGGAAAUACAAAUACUCGAAGAAGAUUCUCCCUGUUCAAAGGCUAUAUCUUGUCAGAAUGAGGCAAAUAAAAGUUCAGACUCUGAUAGUGACGAGAGUAUUCCCAUAGUGAAGAAACCACGAAAGACACGAAGAAGGAUACACAAGGCUGCUGCCACUAUAGAUCUCGAUGAUGACACUCCCAUCUAUGAGAACAAAGGCAAAGAGACCUUUCAUGAUAUUGGAAUGAACCUUGGAAAUGUUGACAAAGAAAUAGCAGAUGAGGACAAAGAUACCUAUGAAGAAGAUAUUUACUCAAAGCCACAGAGCAGAGCAAAACCACUCAAUCAGAGGAGAACAUCACACAAUAAAAACAUCAUUCCGAAACCACACUCGUCUGAGGUUAUAGCCUGUAGCAGUGACGAGGAUGACUCGCAAAAACGUGUAUCUCGACAGAAGGAGUUAAGAGACUCCCCCUCACCCCCACCACCCCCCUCACCCCCCUCAGGCUACAUGGGAUUGCAGACCAGGCAGCAUAUACCAAAGAAGCUGACAAAAGCAAUAAGUGCAAUUGAUAAAGUAACAAGUUUGAGAAACACCAAUCCAUCCUGUGGUCCUAAUGGUGACAUGAACACAUCAUCUGAUAUCAUUGCAGUUGAGUCCCCCAUGAAGGACCCGGAUGAACGAGACUUGGAUGUCAAGUUUAAAGGCAGGGAAGGAGUUGAACGUUAUUCCAUGAAAUAUAAGCAGAAUUUUCAACUUGUAUUCGAGUGCAUAUGUGAGAGAAAUGGCGUCUCUCAGGAUGAGGUUGUUGUCUUCCUCGGGGACAGAACGGUUCAGAGUUACGAUUCUCCAAAAUCUCUGAACUUAAAAAUUACAGAUAUAAUAGAAUACAGAAUUGCUCAACGUGGUGACCAGGACACGUCAUUGAAUAACAGCUUAGAUCCAUCUGUCAUAUCUCUACACCUUCAAGGCCAGAACAGAAAGCAGAAACUUACAAUACCUGUUAAUAUGUAUGAACCAUUAGAGGUUAUGAUGCAGAAAUUCUCAACCCAUUUUCAAGUUCCUCUAGACACACUGACUUUUCUGAAUGAUGGAGAGGAGAUUAAUAAAACGGACACCGCAGAAAGCUUGGAUUUGGAAAAUGACUACUGUAUAGAUGUUAUGGGAUGUUAGCUUGGUGCCAGUCAAACAUUUUCAAAUCAAACAUUUUAUCGGCGCAGCAAUAUAAUUACAGAAUCUCUAGUUUCUGAAAAAGUACGAAAAAGUACUGAAUUCAACAAUGUGUGCCUUUAACUGAAUUUUUUAUUGCUGUGGAUUAUUGAAAUACUGAAGUCAUCCUGGCAACUACCUCACCAGUACUUAACAGAUAAUAUUUUCAGAUAUCAGCGACUAAAACUGGAGUUCAAAUGUACUAAUAUACCUCCUUCAGCCUAAAAUUGCCCAAACUUUUUUUUUUGCCUUGUCUAAUGUUAGAUCCUGGCUAUUCAAAUGUGCUUGAAUGAAGUUUCUCAGAUAGCCAUUCCUGUCCAAACCUUUCUUAAAACACUAGAAAUGACUAGCGGGAUAAUGCUAGUACUUUAUGAAACAGCUAUGAAUUAUAUGCUUGAAGAUAACUAUGAAAAAUUACCUAUUUUUGUGGAAAAUCAUUAGAAUUUGGGAUGCAGGAAAGAAGAAGGAUAAUGUGUGAUCUGGUGGAGAAAAAUAUUGGAUUAUAUGUCAUUUCAAUAUUAAGUUUGGUUGUCUCUUGUGACUCUCCCCCAUCUUUAUCUUUUUCUAAACC